AUGAAUGAGAUGCUGGAGGCAGGUUACCUUGACCUUGCAGUGACAGCCCAGUUAAUCUCGCUCUCUCUUCUGGUAGGUUAUAGCCUGUUUGCCGUUGGCAUUGGCAGCCUGCUCCUGGGUUACUACAACCUGAUCAAGUGGAACAGAGAGAGGAGGCGCCUGCAGAUUGAGGACUUGGAAUCCCGUAUCGCUUUGUUUCCCCUUCUGCAAGCAGAGUCAGAUCGAAGGACCCUGCGGCUCUUACGGGAGAAUCUUGAGGAGGAGGCCAAAAUCAUGAAAGAUGUUCCUGGGUGGAAGGUGGGGGAGUCUGUAUUCCACACUGACCGCUGGGUUCCUCCGACACCAGAUGAACUCUAUUACCUCAGGCCUGUGAGUGAGCUGCACAACGAGAAGUUUGGCUUGCAGUGGUAUGUCUGAAGCUUGGCCAGGACUCUCCCCAGCCCACUGGUUCCUCCAGUUCUUGCACUGGUAGCAUUAUCUCUGUCAGAUGCAGUGCUCAAAGGCCAUGUGUUCCAAGUGUGUGACAUUAAACAGUCUGGUGGAAAUG